GUUAGCAAAUCAAUUAUCUCCACCCCUAAUCCAUCUGAAAACUAUAUAAUCAGAAUCAAGGGGAUGAGGGGUGCUGAGAGCUCUCUUCAGGGAGGAAACAACCGGAAUCCUUCUCCAGACCAGACUAGGACGUCUCAUCAGGGCCACUUGCAGCUCUCCCAACAAAAACCAAAGAGCCUCUAACUAGGCAGGAGAUAAUGGCUAUGCAGAAGAUUGGAUCAUUGUUUCUGCUGUUGGCCUUGCUUGGCCUAUGGUUGGUGCAACCUUCUUCUGGCCAGAAUCGGAGGUACCAACAGUUCUUGAGACAGCAUGUGGAUCCUUCUAGUGAAGGUGGUGACUCUACUUAUUGCAACCAGAUGAUGCACCGGAGGCGGAUGACUGAGCCAAGAUGCAAGCCUGUUAACAGCUUCAUCCAUGAGGACAUCUGGAACAUCAACAGUAUCUGCCGUACCACUGACAUCAGAUGCAAGAAUGGUCAAAUGAACUGCCAUGAAGGCAUUAUGAAGACCACAGACUGCAGAGUGACAGGUGGCUCCACUUCCCCAAACUGUAGGUACAGGGCGAUGACCAGAACCAGGCAUGUUGUCAUUGCCUGUGAAGAUUUGCUGCCUGUGCACUUUGAUAGGUAGGACCCAUCUUGCUGUCUCCACCUGCAGCAUCAGUUCCCACUUUCUUAUUGUCUGCUGGUGAAAGAUGGCGGAUGCUGUGGGCCCUGUUUCUUCAUAUCCUUGGCUUAUUUUCCUAUAACCAGUCCAUGAUUUAUAUUCUUUGGCCCUAUGGGAAACUGCAAAACAAAGUCUGCAAGAGACCCUAGAAGAAAUUGAGAAACAGUCUGCAAAAGACCUAUGUCUCCUAAUAAAUAUCUUUGUUCUUCUAUGGAAGAGUUAGGUCUUCUUUUUUCCUAUCCUUCUGACAGGGAAAAGGAUGAGUGGUGAUACCUUUACUUGUAUAUCACUUUUUCCUUUACAAAACAUUCUUAAGUAAUUCAUUUUAUCAUAUGAUUGUUGUGAUACCUCCAAUAAUGCUAGCAUACAAGGGGUGUCAAAUACUUGGCCCACAGGGUCCAUGUGACCUGUAAGAUUCCUGAGUGUGGAUCAAACUAGAUUAAAGUGUAAGUGGGAACUGUUUAACAAAAUAAAUAAAAACAUAAUAAAAUAUAGAAAAAUUAUGUUUAAAAACUGA